GCGAGAAUAGCGAGAGCGGGUGUGCCCAGAGGGAGGCUGAUGGAAAGAGAGCGAGAGUUGGAAAGCCAGGGCCCAUUGUAAAUGAUGAGGCUAAAUGAACGGAUCACAAGGCCCUAUCAAGGUCCCGCCGCUGUCCGAAGAUUCCCGAGCAGCCAUGUGUCCUGGUUCAGAAACGAGCCGUCCAAUUCGGAAGAAUCCUCGGAGGAGGAACUAGACAUCAUGGAAUUGCGAGUGAGAGGGAAAGAGCAGCCGAGGAGCAACGCCGGCCGGGAGAAAACCGGAGAUGUGAUGCUACUGGAAAGAGAAGUGGCAAAAGAUGACACGUUAAAUAAGUUGGCUCUACAGUACGGUUGUAAAGUUGCAGAUAUCAAGCGGAUCAACAACUUCAUCCGGGAGCAAGACUUGUACGCUCUCAAAUCUAUCAAGAUUCCAGUGAAAGUCAAUGGCAUUUUAACUGAGACCAAUGAAAUGUCUUUGGCUCCACAGACCACUGGUCUGUCACCCACUGAACUGCCUGGAUCCCCGGGCUCAGGCGGCGACUCCACGGGCGACAAGCAAAUCGAUCAGUAUUUCAGAGGGAUUGACCGGAAUAUCGAACGAGCGGCCCAGACAGAAGCCACUUUCAGCUCAGACUGUUGCAUUGAAAACCCAAACUGGACACCUCCAGGGCCAAAGGAACCCAGCAGUGGAGCAGACUGCGGGAUCCAGUGGUGGAACGCUGUCCUCGUUAUGCUUUUGAUAGGGAUAGUGUUGCCUGUGUUUUAUGUUGUUUAUUUCAAAACGCAAGCUUCGGGAGUGGCCGCCGACACCUCCAACACGACCGUUCCUAACUUGGUACGUGGAUCGGUGGCGGGAGUUUCCGUAUCUGUUCCGGGGAAGACCACCCAUCCGCCUCCCGUACCCCUAAAACAAAAGCUGUCCUCUAGUCAAGAGAAUGAAGACUCGCACCAAAAAAAAAGUUGAAAAGCUUAAGUUGAUGGAACUGAACUCAGAAAAGAGGCUACGGCGAAAUAGGACUCUUGAAGCCAAACAAAAUGAAUAGCUCACGCGUUGAAUAUUUAAACGUGAAUCUGCCUUGAUGGGGUAGAAAAAAGGAGGGUUUGCCACCUAACAGCAAAAAGGAAGCCGUUGUGCAUUUCUCUCUUGCACGCACUUCUGUUGUUACGAUGAGAUACCACCCUGCCCCACCUCUCUUUCAAAGUCAUUAGGCCAGACUGCUAUUUGAACCAGUAUUUCCCAACUGGGGUUCCCCUGGACGUCCUCAGGGGUUCUGCAAGAAUCUCUCUCCCCCUUGCAGCCUCACAGCUUUGCCUUGCAACGCUCUUUCAUUGCAGGAAAAACAGCCUCCCCUGACAGCAUGUAGUGGAGCGAUAACAUUUCCCAGCAGCUUCCUACAUGCCUCCCAGUCUCCUUCCCUCUCCCCUCUGCUUUCACAGAAUUCACCUUCUGCCUCAAAACCAGAAGUGAUACACACUGGCCACUGGCUCCCAGAAUCAGGAUUGGGGCAGGAGCCAGUGCCGCGCGGGGAAGCUUGUGCUAAUUCUUUAUCACUCAUUGUGGUAUCUGUGCGUUGAUCCGGGUUGGCCACCUGAUAAGCAUGGUUCUGUCUUUGCAUUGCACUGUCACUCAGGAAGGGGGCGCAGUUUGGCUACCAGGAAUUGUAGGGGCAGGAUUAGGCCUUGUCCUGUGAGUAAACUGAAAUGGCACGCUGCAGCUGCACGGACUGUGUUCAUAACUUCUGGGGUUUGCUAGAUUGUGCGUGUAUGUGUGCACACACGCCCGCGCAUGUAGGUGUCUCCUUCCUUUGGUACACGAACAGAGAACAUGGCUGUCAAAAAUCUCUCUUUUUAGUGGUCCUUGUUUUGGGGUAAACGGAAGGUGUUAUUUUCUUUUUUUAAAAAUACAUGCCAUAAAAUUGACAGAUAGAAGAUUGAUUUAGAAUUUUAAAAAGGGGGACAGGCAAAGAAAGAAAACCUUUUGCAGAUAGGAAAAUGUCUUUCCGAGAUAUGCAUGUAUUUUUUUUAGCAAAACAGGGCGGUGCAAUGCUUGGCUGUUUAAAAAAAGCAUAUCAGUUUUUACCAUGUGUGCCCCAGAUUUGUGACCCUUUCCAGGUGGUUAAUGUAUUUUCUCUCUAGCCCAGGCAAACUCAAUCUUGUCAGAUCGCAGAAGCUAAGCAGGGUCAGCCUUGGUUAGUAAUUGAAUGGAAGACUUCCAGCAAAGGCCAGGGUUGCAAGGGCCGGCAAUGGCAAACUGCCAUCAAAACCCUGCUGGGAGUCACCGUAAGUCAGCUAUGACUUGACGGCACUUUCGAUCACCGCCAAGUUGACGUAUACAGCUGCUGUUUGCAAAUACAUUUUCUUGACAAUAAUUUGGUGGUGAUUGAAUCAUGCUCCCCACCGUCAAGAUUUCCUGGACUGUUUUUAUAGGUAAAGGUUCCUUGAGAUUUGAAAAAUUAGAGAUUCCUCCAUUGAAAAUGGUCAGGAAACGCUGGUUUAAACUAUCAGAUUUUCCCAGCAUUGUACCGAGUUUGUUUCUCACCGCCUCUUUUCAGACAGGUGUAUCCAGUCUCGAGGAAGAGGCUGACCAAGCUCCGAACAAUUAUUUAAGAGGUGAUUUAUUAAAACCCCAUGUUGCUUAACA